AUGACAGUUACUCCUAAUGACGCUUCUAUGCCUAUGUUUGAACUAUCACUUCGGUCUAUAGUCGAAAGACGACCUAUUUUCCCUUCUAAAAUUUCAUUCAAUAAUGGUCAAUCAUCCAAUUUUAUGCUUCCAGCAGCGAUAGUACCGGAUUCUUCACAAAGCUUUGAUCAGAUACGCUACCAACCCAUAAUACUAAUUAUUUUCCCGACGCAGUUCAGCAAAUCAAGGGAGCGAAGUGGACAAGUGAUUUUGUGGGGUGUUCCAGCAACUGUUGGUGAUAAACCAUCUGUUGGAAAUUCAUCAUGUCUACCUAACACUCAUCAUCCAACAAACUUUUCACCAAUUCAACAGCCUGCCAACUUCCUAAACAAUUCAAUAUCUAAAGAAGGGCAAUUUGUCGCUUUGCAUGAUUACGUUAAACGUGUAGAUGAUGAUUUGAAUAUGACCAAAGGACAAAUAUUUAAUAUGCUCGAUAAUUCAGACUGUGAUUGGUGGUAUGCAGGAUGUGUAUCUACUGAUAGUCGAGGAUAUGUACCCAAAAAUCAUUUAGCAGCUGUUACCAGUUUAGAAUCCAAUGAAUGGUAUUUUGGAGGAUUGAAACGUAUUGAAGCUGAACAUUAUCUUCAACUUCCGGGAAAUGAUCAUGGCUCUUUUUUGGUUCGAAUCAGUGAAUCUCAAUCCAGUGAAUAUUCUUUAUCAGUACGAGAAGAGAAUACUGUUAAGCAUGAUCGUAUUCGACCAAGAUAUUCACGAACUGAUCUUACAUUAAAACGUUUAUAUAUUUCAAGACAAGUGCCUUAUGUUAAUAUUUAA